AUGACGGUCUACACAGCUUCGACUACCGCGCCCGUCAACAUUGCUACCCUCAAGUACUGGGGUAAACGUGACACCAAGCUCAAUUUGCCUACGAACUCGUCGAUUUCCGUGACGUUGGCUCAGGAAGACCUGCGCACGUUGACCACCGCGGCGACGAGCCGAACGUUCGAGAAGGACCAAUUGUGGCUUAACGGACAGCCCGAGUCCCUGGAAUCGGCUCGCACACAGCAAUGCUUACAGGAUCUGCGCGCGUUGCGCGCGCAGCUCGAGGCUCAUGACGCGUCGCUGCCUCCGAUGUCACAGUGGCGCCUGCACAUCGCCUCGGAGAACAAUUUUCCCACGGCUGCAGGACUCGCGUCGUCAGCCGCGGGCUUCGCUGCGCUUGUCAUGGCCAUUGCCAAGCUGUACCAGCUGCCUCAGUCUCCUUCACAACUAUCCAAAAUCGCGAGAAAGGGUUCUGGAUCCGCAUGCAGGUCGCUGUUUGGGGGCUACGUCGCGUGGGAAAUGGGCUCUGAGGCGGACGGUAGCGAUUCCGAAGCCGUAGAAGUUGCACCGCUCGAACAUUGGCCCCAAAUGCGUGCCGCGAUUUUGGUUGUGAGUGCUGAGAAAAAGGACACCCCUUCCACGUCCGGGAUGCAACAAACCGUCGCUACGUCAGAUCUGUUCCAGGAACGUGUCCGCUCCGUCGUGCCAGCCCGUUUUGAAGAAAUGAAAACCGCCAUCGCCAACCGCGAUUUCCCGCUUUUCGCGAAACUCACCAUGCAAGACUCCAAUUCUUUCCACGCCACUUGCUUGGACUCCUACCCACCUAUCUUCUACAUGAACGACACUUCUCGCAAGGUUGUCCGUCUGUGUCACGCGAUCAACGACUUCUACAACGAUACUGUCGUUGCCUACACUUUCGACGCUGGUCCUAACGCCGUACUCUACUAUCUGCAAGAAAACGAGUCUAAGCUGCUACCAUUCAUCAAUCACCUUUUCGACCAAACCGAAGGUUGGGAGGGACGCUUCUCCAAAGGUGCUCGCGCAGAAUUUGACCAGCAGUUCACGGAGCACAUCCAAAAUAAAUUCACCGCCGUUUUGGAUGCCAACUUGCACCGUGGAGUUAGUCGCUUAAUUUUUACUAAAGUGGGUCCAGGCCCCCAAGACACAACCGAAUCGCUUAUCGACGCCACUACAGGGGUCCCCGUCUGA